GCAUCUGGCAUCGCCCCUCUCCCCCUUCCUCCUGCCGCCUCUCUCCUCCGCCCCCUGCUCCUCCUUCCCCUGCCCCCUUGCCGCUGCCUGUGCUCGCUCGCUCGCUCGCUCGCCGUUCGUCGCUCGGCCAUUUGCCACCCACCUUCCCGAGACCGCCGCCCUGCCCACGCAGCAUGCCCUCUGCCGCCGAGAUCCCGCUUCCCUGCCCGGCGUCCCGGGCGCCGGCCAUUCAGGGCGCGCCCCGCGACCAGGAGAUCCCGUCCCAGUCCAGCGAGUACCUGACUCAUCUUGUCCGCCCGCACAUCGACUCGUUCAACUUCUUUAUGGACAAUCUCCAGACGGCCGUGAAUCUGAUCGACGCACGCACGGUGUCCGAUGCCCGUGGCAACCGCCUGCGCUUCUGGUUCAGCGACGUGACCGUGUCCCGGCCGCAGCCGGCCGAGCGUGACCAGGUGGGCUUCCAGGACCAGCGGCGCUGGCUCUUCCCGGCGGAGUGCCGCGCGCGCGGGACCUCCUACCGCGGCCGCCUGCAGGGAACCAUCUCCUUCAGCGUGAAUGACGGCCCCAUCCAGACGAUCAGCCGCAACCUUGGCGGUCUGCCGGUCAUGCUCCGGUCUAAUCGGUGCAACCUCGAGCGCAUGACCCCGCGCGAGCUGGUCGACCGCCAUGAGGAUGCCGACGAGAUGGGUGGUGUCUUCAUUGUCAACGGUCUGGAGAAGCUCCUCCGUCAGAUUAUUGUCCCGCGCCGGAAUCACGUGCUCGCCAUCACCCGGCCGUCCUUCCACAAGCGUGGCCCGAGCUACUCCAACUUCGGUGCGCAGAUCCGCUCCGUCCGCCCGGACCAGUCGGCGCACACGAUCACCGUGCACUACCUGACGCACGGUGACUUCACCGUGCGCUUCUCCUUCCUCAAGCGCGAGUACAUCCUCCCGGCGUACUUGGUGAUCAAGUGCCUCGUGGACAUCACCGACCAGGAGAUCUUCGACACCAUCACCCGGCGCAGCACCAACAACACUUUCCUCUCGGACCGCGUGGAGUCCAUGAUCCGCAGUGGCAAGCGCUUUGCGGUGUACACCCGCGAGCAGGCGCUGGCCUUCCUCGGGUCGAAGUUCCGUGUUGUCAUGCGUGCUGACGACCACCUGACCAAUGCCCAGGUUGGUUCCAAGCUCCUGGCCGACAUCCUCUUCGUGCAUCUGGACACCCCGCGCGAGAAGUUCCACCUGCUGGUGUUCAUGAUCCAGAAGCUGGUGUCCCUGGUGGCCGGCGACACGAGCCCCGACAAUCCGGACUCCCUGAACAACCACGAGGUCCUGAUGCCGGGACACCUGCUGAUGAUGUUCCUCAAGGAGAAGCUGGCCGAGCAGCUGUCCAACUACCUGGCCCAGAUUGCCCAGGACCAGCGCCGUGCUGGGCGCGGCCAUGCGCCGGACUUCUCCAACGGCGACUACUUCAAUGCCCUGAUGGGUCGAGUCCCGAGCGACAUCGGCCGCAAGGUGGAGUACCUCCUGUCCACGGGCAACCUGGUGUCGCACACUGGCCUGGACCUGCAGCAGGUGUCUGGCUAUGCCAUUGUGGCCGAGCGGCUGAACUACAUGCGCUACAUCUCCCACUUCCGGUCCAUUCAUCGUGGUGCUUUCUUCGCGGAGCUUCGUACCACCUCCGUGCGGCGUCUGCUGCCCGAGUCGUGGGGCUUCCUCUGUCCGGUCCACACCCCCGAUGGUGCCCCCUGUGGUCUGCUGAACCACAUGACCCACUCCUGCCGGGUUGUCAGUGUCAAGGGCGAUGUGACCGGCCUGCCGGAGCUCCUGAACUCCCUCGGCAUGUCGCCAAACCAGUCGCCUGCCUCGGUGCCGCCGAGCUAUUUGACGGUCUUCCUGGAUGGCAAGGUGAUUGGCUACUGCCCGGAGGAGGUGGCCGCCUCGAUCGCCGGGGACCUGCGCGUCUACAAGAGCAAGGGCCACCCGGCCACGCCGGAGUCCCUGGAGGUGGCCUUCAUCCCGGCUCUCGAGUGUGGGCCCUUCCCCGGUUUGUACCUCUUCUCGACUCCGGCGCGCUUCAUGCGCCCGGUUCGUCACCUGGGCACGAACACCGUGGAGCUGAUUGGCUCCUUGGAGCAGGUCUUCAUGAACAUUGCCUGCGUCAACUCCGACAUCAGCCCCGGCCUGACCACCCACUUGGAGCUGGAGCCCACCAACAUGCUGUCGGUGGUGGCCAACUUCACUCCCUUCUCGGACUUCAACCAGUCCCCGCGUAACAUGUACCAAUGCCAGAUGGCCAAGCAGUCGAUGGGCACGCCGAUCCAUGCGUUCCCCUACCGCGCCGACAACAAGCUCUACCGCCUGAUGUUCCCGCAGUCGCCGAUUGUCCGCCCUCGCCUGGCUGAGCAGUAUGGCUUCGACAACUACCCGAACGGCACGAAUGCCGUCAUCGCGGUCAUCUCCUACACCGGCUACGACAUGGAGGAUGCCAUGAUCCUCAACAAGAUGGCCUUCGAGCGUGGCUUCCAGCAGGGCUACAUUUACCAGACCCUGCGCCUGGACUUGGUGAAGGAUCACCACUCGGAGCAUCCGCUGCGCUUUGGCGUGGUCAACCCCCGCCAGGCUGGCAACACCAUUGACACCGAUGGUCUUCCCCACGUCGGCACCCUCCUCAACUCCGGGGCGCCGCUUUAUUGCUAUGUGGACACGGUCACCGGGCGCCAGUUUGUCGAGCGCUACAAGAACCUGGAUACCGCCUUCGUGGAGUCCGUGCGCCUGGUGGCCGCGGAGUCCGGCGAUUCGGGCGGCCUGACACAGGCCGUCAUCGUCCUGCGUGUGCCCCGGACGCCGCUCAUCGGUGACAAGUUCUCCUCGCGCCACGGGCAGAAGGGUGUCUGCUCGCGGAUUUACCCCACCGCGGACAUGCCCUUCACCGAGUAUGGCAUGACGCCGGAUAUCAUCAUCAACCCCAAUGCCUUCCCCUCGCGUAUGACCAUCGGUAUGCUUAUCGAGACCAUGGCCGCCAAGUCCGGCGCCCUGCAUGGGGCCUUCACCGACGCCACGCCCUUCCGGUUCUCGGAGAAGCACCGCGCGGUGGACUUCUUCGCCGAGCAGCUCAAGGCCGCCGGCUUCAACUACUAUGGCAACGAGCCGGUCUAUUCCGGCCACAGCGGCCAGGAGAUGCGUGUGGACAUCUUCUUCGGCAUUGUCUACUACCAGCGUCUGCGUCACAUGGUGAACGACAAGUUCCAGGUCCGUACUACGGGCCCGGUGGACCCGCUCACCCAGCAGCCGGUCAAGGGUCGCAAGCGCGCCGGUGGUAUCCGCUUCGGCGAGAUGGAGCGCGAUUCGCUGCUUGGCCACGGUGUGUCCUUCACUCUGCUGGACCGCCUGAUGAACUGCUCGGAUUACUCCCUGUCGCAUGUGUGCGUCAAGUGCGGGUCCAUGCUGAGCCCGACCACGGUCCCGGCGCCGACCGCCGUGGGUUCCGGCCCGGUCACCCUUGCCACGGCUGCCCGGUCCCUCACCUGUCGCAACUGUGACACCGGCGAUCACAUCGAGCUCCUCACCAUGCCGUAUGUGUUCCGGUACCUGACCAACGAGCUGCUGGCCAUGAACAUCAAGCUCACCCUCACUGUCCAGUAAGGGCGAGCUCCCUCGGAGAGCCGGGAUAUGGACGCCGAUGUGUGGAGGCAUAUUUUGCCCAUCAUGCUAUGCAUGCCCCUCUGCCCGCCCGUGCUCCUCUCCCCUUCCUCUCGCACCUCCCCUCAUCCGGCCAACACACGGUGCUGUGCCCCUCUCUCCCCCCCCCCUCCCCCAUCUCUUGUCGUGUCGCGUGCCUCCCCUCCCCCCCCUUGCGUGCAUUCUCCUCCUCUGGGGGGGCGGAGCAGCGCGUACGCGCACACACCCUUCCUCUUCCCCCCGACAAAUAUAAUCCCAUAGAUCCAA